CAUCGACCAACAUCGAUUCAUUGAUUGACCAUCGAUUAUGUUCCCAAUUCAAUCGCAUACCAUACACCUCGUUUUGCAAUACAUAUCACCCCCCUCUGAGUUAACUCAACCCCUGCCACCUCAUUUAUUGUCUAGAUCACUGCUUCAGCGACAUCAUUUCCUUCAGAUCUCACCUGAUAAUCCUCUAGAGUAUCUAUGUUGGCCUGCUUCUCAAAGUGCCCGUGCUAUCGAGCUUCUCAACAUCUUCUCAUCCCCCGGAGAUCAGCCAGGCCAAUAUUACGUUCGGUACACUUCAGAUUCAGAGCACACUUAUGCUCAUGUUCAGGUCGUAUCUCAUGAGCAGGGUGUCCGCCUCCUCUUUGAGUGGGAUGACGAAGACGGAUGGAAGUAUCAUGACACUCAGCUGAUGCCUUUCCCACCCACUUCACGCUCUGCGUUACAUCCACCAACAACUGCGGCGGAACAGGCGCGUGAACGUUUCCCCUCAGUGGCUCGUGGUUUUCUAGAUGAUGAAGAUCGCUAUUGGAACGCAUACAAUGCCCCGCUGCAUGAAUCAUUUUCCGCUCUAGCACCUCGCAGUAUAUUUAAGGAAGGUUCGGCCGAUGGAACAGAAGAUGCUUAUUGGGCACGGUAUUCAUCAGUACAAGGAUCUGCUGAUUCCACGGUGCCCUCGCCCCUACCGAACCACCGGAAACUAGAAACUGCGCUUCCGACGUAUUAUACACAGCAAGAAGAAGCUAUACCCAUACCAGCUGAUACUAUACAUUCUUUGCCGCUGCCCGACAGUAAGUUUGGGCCGCCAUCGCCUACUGUAUUGGCACAUCUCCUUAAUAUUAUCUCCCCACGCAAAGACAUACACACGCACACGUCAAACGAACCAUCGUCAACUUUCGAUCGUGAUAGCCCGUCACCACCCUCAACGUUGGAUCAUUCGGACCUUGAGACCCCCGUGUCUGGGAAUCCCGGUCAAUAUGGCCACGUUACUCAACCCGUGAAAAUCACGUUAAAUGACAUGUCAUAUUCUAACGGGCGGCAUGCAGGGAACGGACACGCAGAUGAAGAGGAUGAUGAAUUUUCUGUUGAAGAGGACAAGGCAGUGACUGAAAGUAUAAAGGGCAUAUACUACCUGUGGAAGGCGAGGAAGUUGAACCAACCAGACGAAGAGAGCAGUGACGCAUUCCUACGCAUCGUCCAAGCGGCGGUAACUCAGCCAUGUCCAUGAUUGUUGGUUUAGUAUUCUUGAGCUACAUGUUUACACGCGUUAUUGACAGGUACAUGAUGUACAUCAUUGCACUAC